GGAACGAGGAGUCUGCCCGUCUUUUUGUGCAGUUUGAGCAGGAUGCAGUUCUGUGCAGCGAACCAGCCCUACCGGACAAAGAAUGCCUUCCAAGCCAGUGAGAUCGAUGUGCAGGUAGCAGUGACCAAGAAAGAGCCCUUGAAGAGCUUCAGGAAGGCUGUGUUGAUUGUCAUUGCGACCGAGAGCAUGAGGAAUUCUCCCAGGCUCUUCUCCGAUGAGGACCUAAUGGACAUUCUAAGCACAGUCUUAGAACCGGUCACAUUUGACAUCUAUGGAUACACAGAAGCCUCUAAUUCCAUCUAUCACUUCUGGAGGAAUGUUGUCUGUAACAUCCAAGAUACUGACCACAAGUCCCUCGUCUUCCAGGAACCUGCACAGUUGGUAGCCAUGCAUCUUCAGGGUCCCAACCUUGAGCAAGCAGUGAAGUUAAAAAUGUCUGUGUAUCGUCCAAAAAUCGAGGCUGGAACUCAAAGGGUCCCUGUGGUAUUGAGCAUCCAGAACAGGAAGCACUAUCUCUCCUGCGUGGGGAAGGAGGGACAGCCAGUGCUGCAGCUGGAGGAAGCCAACAUCCAAGGGAACCUCGACAAAUCCGAGCUGGGCCGUUUCCUUUUCUACAAAAUUGACAAUGAAAAGCACACAAGGUUCGAAUCAGCUAAAUUCCCAGGAUGGUUCAUCUGCACGUCCAUCCAGCCUGAGGAGGCCGUUGCCUUUACCAACCAACCCAGAGGCCCUAAGGUCAUUGUGGAUUACAGCCUCUCCAGCCAGUGACCAGAGGCUGCUCUGCUCGGCAGGUGGCAAAGCAACAGAUGCUGCAUGCCAGGACGGCCCAAAGGGCUCUCCAGCCUCCGCGUUAUCGGCAGGGAUUUUUUCUUUGACUGGAAAGUCUGAGUACACAAAUACAAACUGAAGGGGGGGGAUAUUUAAAAUACCUAUUUAUUAAUAAUUUAAUAAAUAUUUGCCAGUUUAUACCAGACAUAUGAUGAUAAAUUAAGUU